AUGGUGUACUACUUCUCAUCCAACACGGUUUCACCGUCGGCCUUCAUCUAUGUCGGCAAAGACAAGGUUGAGAACGAAGAGCUUAUCAAAUACGGCUGGGACGAAGAUGUCUGGUUUCACGCCGACAAUCUCUCUUCGGCCCAUAUCUACGUCCGGUUACCCGAGGGCGAAGACUGGGAAAACAUGAGCAAAGAGUUGCUGGUGGACUGCGCCCAACUAACCAAGGCGAACAGUAUUGAGGGCAACAAGAAAGAUAACGUUACGAUUGUGUAUACGCCUUGGAGCAACCUGAAGAAAGAUGGGAGUAUGGCUGUAGGUCAAGUUGGGUUCAAGGAUCAGCGCAAGGUGAAGCGCAUACAUGUGGAGCAGCGAGAAAAUCCUAUUGUCAACCGUCUUAACAAAACAAAAGUUGAGAAGUACCCCGACCUAAGAGAGGAGCGAGAAGUAAGGCGGGCGGAGUUGAGGAAGCGAGAUCAGAGUGCUCUGCAAGCCAAGCGCAAAGAAGAAGCCCGUAUAGCCAAGGAGCGCAAGGAGCUUGCGUGGCGGAGAGAUCAUGCCUACGACGAUGUCAUGACAGAGGAGAGUCUGGAGCAAAACUCCAACGAGAACCGCGAUGAGAACUUCCUCGACGACUUCAUGUGA